GGCCGCUCGCCUUCGGAGGGGCGCGGGGUUGGGGCGAAGAGGGAAGGAGAAGGGAAGGAAGCGCUAUCUCGCCCGCAGGUGCAUUGUCUAGCCAUUAAGUAUCAUGUCGGACAACGGGGAACUUGAAGAUAAGCCACCAGCUCCACCAGUUCGGAUGAGCAGUACCAUCUUCAGUUCAGGUGGCAAAGAUCCAUUAUCUGCUAAUCAUAGCUUGAAACCUUUACCUUCUGUGCCAGAAGAGAAAAAGCCUAGGAACAAAAUCAUCUCUAUUUUUUCUGGCACCGAAAAAGGAAGUCGGAAAAAGGAAAAAGAAAGACCUGAAAUCUCUCCACCAUCAGACUUUGAACAUACCAUUCAUGUUGGUUUUGAUGCUGUUACUGGGGAAUUCACUGGAAUGCCUGAGCAGUGGGCUCGGCUGUUACAAACCUCAAAUAUCACCAAGCUAGAACAGAAGAAGAACCCCCAGGCUGUGCUAGAUGUUUUGAAGUUUUAUGAUUCUAAAGAUACAGCAAGACAGAAAUAUUUGAGCUUCUCUGCUACAGAAAAGGAUGGAUUCCCUUCAGGAGCACCAGCACCCAAUGCAAAAGUCACAGAACCUUCUGCAACAGCUGAAGAGGAAGAUGAUGAUGAUGUGGCUCCUCCUGUUGUUGCCCCACGACCAGAUCAUACAAAAUCAAUUUAUACACGGUCAGUAAUGGAUCCUAUCUCAGCACCAUCUGGUGACUUGGGGGAUAGUGCUGCUAAAUCAGGUGAUAAACAGAAAAAGAAAGCUAAGAUGUCAGAUGAAGAGAUCAUGGAAAGGCUACGAACUAUUGUGAGUAUUGGAGAUCCCAAGAAAAAAUAUACCCGAUACGAAAAGAUAGGGCAGGGAGCAUCAGGUACAGUUUUCAUCGCCAUAGAUGUGGCAACAGGACAGGAGGUUGCUAUUAAACAGAUAAAUCUUCAGAAACAACCCAAGAAAGAGUUAAUUAUCAAUGAAAUACUGGUAAUGAAAGAAUUGAAGAACCCAAACAUAGUCAACUUUCUGGACAGUUAUCUAGUUGGAGAUGAGCUCUUUGUUGUAAUGGAGUAUCUGGCUGGUGGGUCGCUCACAGAUGUUGUUACAGAGACUUGUAUGGAUGAGGCACAGAUUGCUGCUGUCUGCAGAGAAUGUUUACAGGCACUGGAAUUCCUACAUGCCAACCAAGUGAUUCACAGGGAUAUUAAAAGUGACAAUGUCCUCUUGGGAAUGGAUGGAUCAGUUAAGCUGACUGAUUUUGGAUUCUGUGCUCAGAUUACUCCAGAGCAAAGCAAACGUAGUACUAUGGUUGGGACACCUUACUGGAUGGCUCCUGAAGUGGUCACGCGAAAGGCCUAUGGUCCUAAAGUGGAUAUCUGGUCCCUGGGUAUUAUGGCCAUUGAAAUGGUUGAGGGCGAGCCUCCGUAUCUUAACGAAAAUCCUUUGAGGGCAUUAUAUUUGAUAGCAACAAAUGGCACCCCAGAACUGCAGAACCCAGAAAAACUCUCCCCAAUAUUCCGUGACUUUUUGAAUAGUUGUUUGGAAAUGGAUGUAGAGAAGAGAGGAUCAGCCAAAGAACUGUUACAGCAUCCGUUCCUGAAAUUGGCCAAACCCUUAUCAAGUUUGACGCCAUUGAUCUUAGCAGCCAAAGAAGCAAUGAAGAGUAACCGUUAGCAGUGCUGCUAUGGCCCUUAUGAUUUUUGUUUUUUAUUUUUUUAAAAAAUCUUCAUAAUAUAUAAAUGGUUGCUCUUGUUAGGGGGGUUGAAAGUCUGCAGAAGGGGAAAUAUCUUUCACCUUGAAGAUAAAUGAGAAGAAGAAAAUUGGUGGUUUUAGUGAACUCUUCUUGGAGUCUGGAAGAAGUUGUGAACUGAAUCACUGGCCCCUUCAAUCCUUCUGCAGACAGCUCAGAAGUUUAUAUUACUAUGUCUCAGAGUUGUUGGUUUUGAUGACUUUGCUGUACUAGAUCCCACUCAUUGUGCUCUUCUGAGCACUUUCAAUACUUGAACAACAGAUUCAAGCUUUUAGGGGAAGGCAUUACUUUGAUCGACUUGCCUCUCUCUCCCUUUUUCUUAGUCAUUCAUUCAAGAUAUGGCGACUCUUGAGUUGUUAAAGGCAGAUAUAGUAGAAAUGUGAAUGUUCCUAUUAGUCCCAUUUUCUUAAUGUACAAUUUAGUAACUAUUGUAGCAUUAACCACCCAGCUACCUAGGAACCUGAUUUUACAGUGACUGUUCUGAAAGACAGAAGAACAUGGACAGAGAGGGAAGAAGAUGGCUUUGCAAAGUUUGGUGUGGAAUUUUGUUGCAUGGACUUCUUAAUAUAAGGGAAAGAUGCCUCUGAAUUUUGGAGAUAGAAUAUAAGUUUGGAAAUGGAGGAAAGUGCUGCAUUUCUUAAUGUUUAAAUCAUCCUUUGGGCAUGGGAAGAGAACCUGGUUCCUAUGAAUUGUCUUCCACUCCUCCUUUGCCUUUGUAGGUUUGUUGAUAACAUUUUAAAGGGAUGUCUUGAAAGUGUGUGGUUUUGUAGCAAAGUGCUGUAUCCAUGUUCUGACUUGGGCUUUGGGCUUUAUGCUGGUGCCUUCUGAAUUUUUAAAUUACCCUUCUUUAUAUUAAAUACGUUUUGUAUAUGUUGUACAUUUUCCCUCCAAAAGCAGCUUUGGAGUUGUCAGGACGAAAUGCUAGAGCUUUCUUCCUUUAUAUAUAUAUAUACACACAGACACACACACACAAGUAGAUGCACCAUUCUACUAACAGAAGAUCAAGCAGAUUUGCAAAAAAUAGAAAAGCCAAGACAUUUUGUAUAACACAGCCAACUGAAGCUUCUGAACACCAAAGUGCCAUUCUGUGGUGACAAAAUUGGAGGUAGUAGAUUAGUUAGAUACAGCAGUAGUGAAUUGGCUUACAAGUGGCUGGAAGAACAUGCCUUCUCAUGGUUGUCCUGCUUCUUGAAAAAGCAUAUCUACUAUGACUGUAGCCAAACACAAGAUUAAGUGCCUCCCUAAAUCAAAGGAAAUGAUUGGAGCUGUAGAGAAAUUGGAGUUCUGUAUGAGGUGGACUAAUAGAUGAUUGGGACGGCUUUGUUACUCACAUCAGCCUUUUGAAAUCACUGUGUGUUAAUAUGCAGCUUAUCUUGAUGGAGAAUUCCUCAGUGAUAAUGUGCCAAACAGUAAUGUUAAGACUCGUUAAUUUGGUGCUGUAGCUUUCUCACAUUUCUGGUCAGUAUUUUGGGGAGGAUAUCUUGAAACCUGGUUAGGAGGCGACCUGUUACAUCUUUUCUGAUGAUAGGUGGAAAGCCUUUUUCUAAAUACUGAGCAAUAGCAAUGUCUGUUCGUGUAAGAUCAUCAUAUUUAUGCUGGAUUAUCAUGAAAAGAUUGCCAGAUGCCAGAUUCUGAGCUACUGCAUCACAAGGAACUCCAUUGCUUCAGAUCUUGGAGCUUUUGAAUCCAGCUUUGUGCCAACAAUUGCCUUAUUUAUGCAACUCAAAGCAAUGCCACACUCCACUCUGCAGCUCUGUAACCUAACCAUUAACUUUCAGAACAUUUGGAAUGUGUUUUUAUUUGGUCUGAGGAGGUGUGAUUUCUUGUCUGAGUCGUACUUUAGGUAGUGUUCUUUUGUCAUGGCUUGUGAUACUGUUAUUAUAAAAGUUUAAACAGCCUUGCCUUUAAUUUGAUAUAUGUGAAUUAAACCAAGAGAUUUAAAAAAACCCUUACAGUUAAUUUUAAUCUUCUUGCCAUUGGGUCUUUGUCUGUUGCUGGCAAUGGAAUAUGUGGAACCCAUGACUCCUGCAAUGUAAUUAUGUGUUAGUGUUUUGUGAUUUUCUUAAUCAUAGCAAGCUAUUUUAGAAUAUGUGUUUUGAAACAAAAACAUUCUUUUAACAUCAUUUUCUAAAAAAAUCUGCAAAUAGCAGUUGACUGCUUCUUUGAAAGGAUUUGGAAAUCUUUCCUUGAAGUUGAUUACAAUUUGGAUUAGCUCAGGAGUUGAAGUACAUCCUGUGACCGGUCUUGUAUCUUUGUGAUAUCAGUAUUCACACAGUAUGUUUGUAAAAAUGUAACUUGUGGCUCAGCCAUGCAUUAAUCUAAUUUCUGUAUCCUCUGUUGGCUAGAAAGGAUAUGGGGCAAAAAUUAGGGGUAGAAUAGAACAGAAAUGAGAAUUAGUGAACAGAGGAGCCACCAUGAUGUAAACCAUUACAAUGAACCAUUCUCAUUUAUUAUAAAGGAGUGUAUGUAGUUUGUAUGGUACACUUAUUGCAAGAGUGGCCUUUUAGGCCAGAUGAGCGGGGUAUAAAUCAAAUAAAUAAAGUGUCUUAAACCCUG